AUGUCUGUGCCAGAGUCUGACAUAAUAAAGCCGCUGGACGCCUCAAACACCAAUUCAGAUGACUGGGAGAUUUUCGUUCUCAAGGAUGCGCACGUCACAUAUGAGAGCAAUGGAAAGCCUGCCAGCCUGCUCGCCGCGUAUGCGGAUACCCCGCUCAAGGUCGAGGGGCACCUAAAGAUGCCUGGGCGCAGCCAACUAAAGUAUCUCCUCAAGAAGCCUUAUAACCCCACGGACAUCGAGAUACGGAACGUGACACGCUUCUCGUACGGCGAAAUGACAGAUGGCGCAUACGUGAUAUGGGCCCAGGGAAAAGCUGGCUGGUUCGAAAUCCAGCCCGCGCCCCAGUAUAAGCCCAUCUAUGACGAGAUGGUUCAGGCUGUCGAGCUGCUGUACUUUGUGAUAGAUAUCCACAGUGAAGUGCGGAAGAAGAGUGGAGGACCCAGUGCUGAGCUCAUUUUCCAGGAAUACGCAGAAGACAAACGCUUCUCUUGUAACGACAUAGCCAUGGCAGAGGAAAUCUUCGACAAGCAUCACAUGUUCCUGAUGAUGUGCUUCUUAAAUAGGGCACAGGGCUUAAGCUGGAGUAACACUCCUAUAUACCAGCGCUUUAGAAGAAGAUUUCCAAAAGACUUUGACGACUGCAAAGCACGCAUAGAGGGGCGCUAUUCCCAAAUCCAAUCCGAACACUCACCGACAAGGUCGAAAUCAAGGUCUACGCCAUCUCUCAGUUCAAAGCAAGCAGCUAUACCUGGAACGUUACGGCAUACUCGGAGUAAGUCGGCGGGGUCAAAAACGCCAGACGCGCCGAAAAAGGACGAUAAUUGGUGGGAAGCUGCGGCACUUUUUGAGUUUAUGCAGAAAGCAGUAAACCAACGAGUUGUGCGCCCAGGAAGAAAUCAAAUAACUUUGGAUCGGGUUGCAGAGUUGGUUGUUAGGCGUUAUGAGAUUGACGAAGUGGAGACCGCAAAAACGGUCCUACUGGUGCAUGCGCAGAACCUCUGCUAUAUGAUGGAUCGUCCACGAAGAAAAGCUGUACAAUUCUUCGCAGAUGAGCCAAUAUACCAGGAACUAGCAGCUAGACAUAACUUAUCUGCAGCUGAACAGAGACGAGCAGAAGACGUCGAGCUCAAACCACGGAAAGAUCACGCAAGGCUAAGAGAUGAACAGAGCGAUUCGUCAGAUACAUCCGACGAAGAAGACGAAAAUGAUGAACUACGAACGCCCGCUCGACGACCACUAGGCAGACGGAAGAAAGGCCGACUGUCAGUCCUGCGACCAAAAACUGGUAACUUCUCCGGCAAGAGUAAACGUGUGAUCAUCAAACCAGGUAAACAAAUAGCCGGCAAGGGCAAAGCACCCGUAGCAGCCAGUGACGCCUCAUCGGAAUCACAAAGCGAGGAUGAUGCAAAUAGCAGUUCAGACCUGGACAUUGACAACACGCCCACACAAGCCCUAUCACCAAGUCGCGAGAAGAGGAAACUAGACGGUACAGACACCGAGUACGAAGCAAAAGAUGCUCGGAGAAAACGACGAAACAGCACCUCUUCCUCUCCGCCUACAACAAACGAUUCCGAUUCCAGUGAAGCAGACGCCAGCGCUUCUCUACCCCUUCCCCUCCGACACCUCCCCGCAUCAGCAUCAAGCAACAGCAAACCCACCGUCUCCCCUCAAAUCGUAUCCACCCCACUCCCCACCUACGAAGCUAACGGACCCCGCGACUCCUGGCUCUGCAGCUUCGACGGCUGCACCCAGCGCAUAUACGGCUGCAGCAAGGAACUCGGUCGCCAACUCAUCACCGAGCACCUGGAAGACCACAGCCGCGGGCGUGACAAGGUAGUAGGGAUUCUGUGGCGAGAACAGAAUAAGUUACAUUUACCCGUUAAUAAUUUGAUUAAGAAGAUUAGGGAGAUGAGUGAGGCUAGUACACCGUUGUUUCCGGCUCAGGAAGGAGGUGUGAGGGAAGAGAAGGUUAGGCCCAUUGAACGACCGGUUUGA